AUGGGUAUCCAAGGCCUUUUCCCGCUCCUCAAGUCCAUCCACCGCACCACCGAGCUCAAGAAGUAUGCCGGCGAGACCUUUGGUGUCGAUGGCUACGGCUGGCUCCAUCGCGGUGCCAUUGCCUGUGCCAUUGAACUAGCCCAGGGCAAGCCCACUCGCAAAUAUGUCGACUUCGCCAUGCACCGAGUCAGGAUGUUCAAGUAUUAUGGUGUCACUCCCUAUUUGGUCUUUGACGGCGACUUUCUUCCCAGCAAGGCCAAGACUGAGUCUUCGCGUGAGCAGCGUCGUGAGCAGAGUCUGAAGACUGGCCUCGAGCUCUUGAAAGCCGGCAAACCCUCGAAAGCCCACCUCGAGCUUCAAAAGGCCAUCGACGUCACCCCGGAAAUGGCUCGUCAUCUCAUCGAAGAACUCAAGAAAGCCGGUGUCCCGUACCUUGUCGCCCCCUACGAAGCUGAUGCCCAGCUCGUCUACCUGGAGCGUGAGGGUGUCAUCAGCGGCAUUGUCUCUGAGGAUUCGGAUAUGCUGGUGUUUGGUGCGCAGCGCCUGUUGACCAAGAUGGAUCAGCACGGUCAGUGUGUUGAGAUUCGGAGAAAAGACUUUUGUUUGGUCCGCGAGAUCUCCUUGACCGGUUGGACGGAUGCCGAGUUCCGGCACAUGGCCAUUCUCAGCGGCUGUGACUAUCUGGGCGCUGUUAACAACAUCGGCCUGAAGACAGCUUACCGACUGAUCCGCAAGCACAAGACACCUGAGCGCAUCAUUCAGAUGCUCAAGUUCGAGGGCAAGCACAGGGUUCCCGAGAACUACUUGGAAGAGUUCAAGCAGGCCGAACUCACCUUUUUGCAUCAGAGAGUCUUUUGCCCCAAGAAGAAGGACAUCGUGUUCUUCACCGAGCCCGGACCCGCUCUCAAGGUCGAUGAGAUGCCCUUCAUCGGUGCUCCGGUCGAGACUGAAUUGGCCCGGGCCAUUGCCGCCGGAGACGUCAAUCCCAUCACCAAGAAGCGGAUCGUCCUCCCGUCGUCCUCUCGCACCUCGCCGCCGUCCCCUGGUAAGAGAAGGAUCAGUCAGACCAUGGCUCCGGUCACUGUGCCGACGAGAAAUCCUGGCAAGCCGCCCGGCAAACCAAUCAACGAGUACUUUGCGAAGCACAAGCGGAUUCCCUUGGGCGAGAUGGACGCCAAUUGUUUCACCAACAACAGCCAGAACAAUUCGCCCAGCAACUCCCCUCGUCCGAUCGUCUUUCCUCUUCCGCGCCCAUACAUUGCGGGCGUGGAGGAGGCGACCCGCCCAUCUCGCCGGUAUGUCAAUCUCGAGGCUGCCCUGGGCGGAGAACGCCGUCGGAGAAGCGAGCCUGUCUCGAACCUCCUGGCGACGUACGAGACCUCAUCGAACCGCCGCAGGACCACUGGCCCGGUUGUCGACAUCUUUCAGGACGGCACCCCGUCGACAUCGACUACGAGGCCCCCCAAGAAAGCGCGCUUGUGUGAUGACGACCUUCCCACUUUGACAGACAACAACACCCCUGUGAAGAGCAAGUUUUUCACAUCUACCGAGGGAGCCGACUAUAUUCGGUCGGACGAUUCGGUCGAGGAGGCUUUCCGCAGCAUCUGCAACCAAGAGAUUGUGACCGGCACCCGCAUCGUUCACGGCUUGCCUUCGCCCGCGCCCAGCAUGCUUUCCGCAUCCAUGGACACGCCUUCUAGCAUCGUGGGUACGCCUUCCACUGUCAUGAGCACACCCUCUAGUUCCAUGAGCAAGCCCUCGGGUCUCAUGAACCGGUCUUGCAACAUGAUGAACACACCUUCCAGCUCGAAGAGCAGCACAUCCAGCAGCUCUCAGACCCCUAUUUUGACGCCUCUCCAGCGUUUGGGUUUCCAGGCUUUGCAACGCGGGAAGCCCCGGGUCGUCUCUUCUUCGGUCCUCCAACCCACCAGGCUCUCGACGUAUUCCAAGAGAUCGAGCUCGCUUUCGGUCAACCCCGCCUCGAUUCCUCUGCCUCGUGCUGAUUUGGCCGAGAUUGAGGCCCUGAGCCAGCCUGUUGGCAGCGAAGAUUUGAUUUUGCCCUCUAGUGAUGGGGAGCUCGAGCAGGAUGAGGAGGAGGGUACCAAGUAUUCCAAUGUUUCCAACAGCGGUUUGGAUUUGUCGCGGUUCAAGUACACCUGA